UGUCAAAGUUUCCUCCAUGUGUCAAAGUCAAAGCUGUAAUGGAGAUAUCCAUAAUGAUUUUUUAAAUUAGUAAUAAGAUAUACAUAUUUAACACGUAUACAAUCUAAAAAGAAAUCGGGAAAUGAUGCAGUUUAUGUUACUAUUUAGCAGACAAGGCAAAUUAAGGUUACAGAAAUGGUAUGUGGCUCAUCCAGAUAAACUCAAGAAAAAAAUUACUAGGGAAUUAAUCACUACAAUUCUAGCUAGAAAACCAAAAAUGUGCAGUUUUUUAGAAUGGAGAGACUUAAAAAUCGUUUACAAAAGGUAUGCUAGCUUGUAUUUCUGCUGUGCUAUUGAACAGUGCGACAAUGAAUUGUUAACUUUGGAAAUCAUUCAUCGUUAUGUUGAACUUCUUGACAAGUACUUUGGCAGUGUAUGUGAGCUGGAUAUAAUUUUCAACUUUGAAAAGGCAUAUUUUAUAUUGGAUGAGCUAAUGCUUGGUGGUGAGGUGCAGGAGACUAGCAAGAAAAAUGUAUUGAAAGCCAUUGCCGCCCAGGAUCUUUUACAAGAGGACGAAGCUGUAGAAGGCGCUUUAAGGGAUAUCGGUUUGCUGUAAGAACAAAUUCAACUUGCCAUAAUCGGACCAGUGAUAUAAAAAAAUGCAUUGAACUUUAUAUUAUGUAACUGGAAAAUACUCCUAUAUUUUAUGAAUAAGCUGAGACAGAAGCAAAUCAACCGAUAUAACCUACUAUUGUAUUCUUUCUAUUUCUAUCACGCUCUUUAUUUUAAAUAAUAAAUGAUGCAGAUUCGAGUCAUUUAAAGUUAGCGUGAAAGAGAAAUGGGAAUAUAUCAGAACGGUAGGUUGUAUACGUUGCAAAUAUGUGAUACUCGCUUUCCAGUUAUGAUAGUAACGGUAGUUCAAUGAAAAAAUUUAUUUAAAAAAGUCAUUCCUAUAUUUUAUUUAUAUUUUAUACAUUGUUUUGAGAAGAUUUAAAUGUUUAUAUUUUAUAUAUUUAAAAGACAUAAUAAUAGUUUAUACGUUAUAUGUACUUUUUAACGACUUUUCUAUGCAGUGGGUGUGACUAAUUGAGCCAUACUUGAGUACAAAUUAUACAAAAAUAGUCUUAAUUUUUCUUGUUUUGUUGUAAUUACUAUUUCUAGCCUUAAUAUUCUUCUAUUAAGCACAAACAUCAGUGUAAAAUUAGAUAUAUAUUUCAAAUAUAUUAGUGCCAAAUUAUGUUUCCUAAAUGAUAUUUAUUUGAUAGAUACAAUAUAAAAUAUAUAAUUAGUUCGUUCGGAAGUUAAAGUUACAUUCCCUAUAUACAGGGUGUUUCAUAAUAUAUGCGCAGGACUUCAGGACGUGAUAGCUCGUCCAAAAAUAUGAAAAAACGUUUCUAUUAAUUUACCCUCUAAAAUGCACCAUUUUCGAGAUACAGGGUGUUGAAAUUGAAAAAAAAAUUUCUACGCCACUGGAAAAAGUACGGUUUUGAGACGCCCAUUUGAACCGUCAAUGUUUUCUACACAAAAAAGGUACUCUUGGUCAUACGCUCUAAAGUC